CCUCGCCUCCCGCCUCCCCGCCUCGCUCUUUCUCCCUCACGGCUCGCGAUCAGGUGUCUGUUGCUUUCUUUUAAGUUGUUUCCCCGGAAAAAAAAAAAAAAAAGAAGAAAAAGAAGGUGCCGAAGAGGAGAUCGUUGUAGAAGAGCCCUCCCUCCCCAGAAGAGCAACGUGCUUUGAAUGAGGCUUCCCAGCCUCUUCCACUCUGUCUCACACACUCUGUCACUCUGCCGCUCGCUUUUGCACACUGUUGGUAUGCGACCUCGGAGGCGACUGCUCUGCCACCUCAGCCUGGGGAGGCACUGACAGCGAUUGAUCCAGCCCCCCUUCCAUUUUUUUCCCUCCUUUUGCAAACACACACGCACACCCCCAAAGCACAUUUAAUGCUGAUCCACUCAGGCGCCAUUAUCUGGGGUACGUCUUCUUGGAGUGGUUUUUUUUCCUCUCUAUUUCUUUUUUUCCUUCCCAACACUGGAUGGUGCAGCAUUCCCGGGGCCUGUGGUGUUACGGCUCGAUUGCGUUUUAUUAUUUAUUUAUCUGUCGCCUCUCUUCUCCCCCCCUCACCAUCGUCCCCCCCCCUCCCUGGUCUCUCUAUCCCCCCGCUUCUCUCUGGAUGCUGGUGUAGAGGAACAGGAACCAGUAACCCUCGCUAUCCCUUCCACUGAUGUGUGACUGAGACUCGCUCGCGUGUAGCAUGCUGUAGCCAAAGAAGAAGAAAGGAGGGGGAAAAAAAAAGAGAGAGAGAAGCGUCUCUCUUUCCCUCCCUCCCCCUCGUUUCCCGCGGACUGACUUCAUGGCUUCGCUGUACCAGAGGUUCAGCGGGAAGAUCAACACCUCCAGAUCGUUCCCUGUCCCCCCCGAAGCGAGUCACCUUCUGGGCGCCCAGUGCAACGAGGAGGACAGCGCUGCCGCCAAGACCCCGCGUCCAUUGCAACAGGAAAGCAGCCGGCCCCGCUUCCAGUACCAGCCGCGAAGUGACUGCGAGGAGGAGGAUGAGCUGGUGGGGAGUAAUCCUCCACAAAGAAACUGGAAAGGAAUUGCAAUUGCCUUACUUGUUAUUCUCGUUAUCUGCUCCCUGAUUGUCACCUCUGUUAUACUCCUGACGCCAGUUGAAGAUAACAGCUUGUCUCAGAAGAAGAAGAUAACGGUGGAAGAUCUGUUCAGUGCUGAUUUCAAAAUUCAUGACCCGGAGGCUAAAUGGAUAACUGAUAAUGAAUUCAUUUAUAGAAACCAGAAUGGCACUGUGAUUCUGAGGAAUGUUGAAACUAACAAUUCAACAGUAUUAAUAGAAAACAAAAAAAUUGUUUCCUUAAAGGCUCUUCGAUAUGAAGUUUCACCUGACCGGGAAUAUGCACUUUUUGCAUUUAAUGUUGAACCAGUGUAUCAGCAUUCAUAUACGGCAUAUUAUGUCCUCAGCAAAAUACCUCAUGGGGAUCCCCAGAAUUUGUAUCCCCCUGAGGUCAGCAAUGCAAAGCUUCAGUAUGCUGGUUGGGGUCCAAAAGGGCAACAGCUGAUAUUUAUCUUUGAGAAUAACAUCUAUUACUGUGCCCAUGUGGGGAAACAAGCCAUCCGAGUGGUCUCCACAGGAAAGGAAGGUGUUAUUUUCAAUGGGCUCAGCGACUGGCUGUAUGAAGAGGAGAUCUUGAAGACUCACAUUGCUCAUUGGUGGUCUCCUGAUGGCACCAGGUUAGCAUAUGCAACAAUUAAUGCCUCUAGAGUCCCUACUAUGGAGAUCCCAGUAUACACUGGCAGCCUUUACCCUACUGUUAAAACCUAUCAUUAUCCAAAGGCUGGAAUGGAAAAUCCAACUAUUUCUUUGCAUGUGAUUGGUUUGAAUGGACCUACGCAUGAUCUGGAAAUGACUCCCCCAGAUGAUCAAAGAAUGAGGGAUUAUUACAUAACCAUGGUGAAGUGGGCGACUAGCACCAAAGUGGCAGUAAACUGGCUGAACAGGGCCCAGAACGUGUCCAUCCUGACGCUGUGCGACGCUACCACUGGAGUCUGCACAAAGAAACAUGAAGACGAAAGCGAAGGUUGGCUGCACAGACAGAAUGAAGAGCCGAUUUUUUCCAAAGACGGUCGGAAGUUUUUCUUUGUCCGAGCCAUUCCUCAGGGAGGACGUGGGAAAUUCUAUCACAUCGCCAUGUCGUCAUCACAGCCCAAUAGUAGCAGUGAUAAUUUACAGUCUAUUACAUCUGGUGACUGGGAUGUGACAAAGAUAUUGGCAUAUGAUGAAAAGAGACAUAAAAUCUAUUUCCACAGCACAGAAGACUUGCCAAGAAGGCGACAUUUAUAUAGUGCAAGCACAAAUGGAAACUUCAACAGGCGGUGUCUGUCUUGUGAUCUGAUUGAAAACUGUACUUAUUUCAGUGCAUCAUUCAGUCACAACCUGGAAUACUUCUUACUGGCAUGUGAAGGUCCACGAGUUCCAAUGGUGACUGUUCACAACACAAGCGACACACAAAAAAUCUUUGAGCUGGAGGUAAAUGAAAAUGUGCAGUUGGCUGUAAAUGACAGACAAAUGCCUAAAGUAGAAUACAUGGAAAUCAAGAUAGAUGAUUACAAAUUGCCAAUGCAGAUCUUAAAGCCAGCAACCUUUUCAGACACCGCACACUAUCCUUUGCUGUUGGUUGUGGACGGAACACCUGGCAGCCAGAUCGUAACCGAGAAAUUUGAAGUGAACUGGGAAAGCGUCAUGGUCAGCUCUCACAACGCGAUUGUGGUGAAGUUCGAUGGCCGUGGGAGUGGAUUCCAGGGCACUAAACUACUGCACGAAGUGAAGAGAAGACUGGGCCUUCUGGAAGAGAAGGAUCAGUUGGAAGCUGUCCGGACAAUGCUGAAGGAGCAUUACAUUGAUAAAAUGCGAGUCGGUGUGUUUGGGAAGGAUUACGGCGGUUAUCUGAGCACUUACAUACUUCCAGCUGGCGAAGAGAAUCAGGUGUUCGCAUGCGGAGCUGCUCUUUCCCCCUUGACAGACUUCAAAUUAUAUGCUUCAGCCUUUUCUGAAAGAUAUUUGGGCUUGCACGGGAUUGAUAACAGAGCAUAUGAGAUCACUAAAUUAGCACACAGAGUUUCAUUACUGAAGGAACAGACAUUUUUGAUCAUUCAUGCUACAGCUGAUGAAAAAAUCCAUUUCCAGCAUACUGCGGACCUUAUCACACACCUAAUUAGGGCAAAGGCUAAUUACAGCUUGCAGAUUUACCCUGAUGAAAGCCAUUACUUUACCAACGCAGCAUUAGAGCAGCAUUUGUACAACUCCAUUGUCAACUUCUUUGUGUCGUGUUUCCAAGUUCAGGACAAACUCCCCAUAGCUCCACUGAAAGAAGAGGAGGACGACGAUUAACCGUACUUGUCCGUGCUAAGCACAAGGCAGAUCUCUAUAACAAUAUGCAACUGGAUCAUUUUCCUGAAGAAAGAGAUGUUAUGUUGUUAGCAUGUAUUUAAAGAAAACUGAAAGCAGCUCAUCUGCUUUACUUGACAGCAACUCCUUCCUAAAUGGAAGAACAUUAAGCAUGAUGAACUCAGCAGAAACUGCUGUCUGAAAUUAAUCCAUCACAACCAACAUCUUUUUUUUUUUCUUUUUUGUUUGCCACAAAGUGACUUCUAGCAUGGAAGUGUCAAGACAUUGGACUUGAAGGAACACCUGAAGAAACCGCUUUGAGGACUGGAACAUUUAUUGUCCCUUUGCAUUCAAGCAAUCAAGCAGUAGCAAUGAAAUCCAUCCCCCACAUUAAGGCUGCUAUAGUUAGCAUCACACUGUGUCAAAUAAAAUCUAACCUAAUACAUGGAAAAGAUUAUAGCACAAUUGUUUUGAAGGAUACUGAGUCACACAUACUUGCCUGCUCUUUCCCAUGUUCAGAAGGUUUGUCAUUGCUACAAGGCAUACAAAUUCAAUUGUACAAAGUAUCGCUGUAGUUACACUGAUGCUUACCUUCAUGUAAUUAUCGCUUAUUUUGGUAUAGCUUUUUCCUCUUGCUCUGUUUUCAUUUGCUCUCAUACUUACCUUAUUAGCUUCUCAAUGUGUUCUGGAUGGGGAAAAAAAGCAUACAUUGAAUUAAUCAAAUCAUAAUUUCUCAAUCCACGGCUCAUGAUCCCUUCCCUUAGGGGCCUAGAGAGAUGAUGGAAGUAGGGAUAACCAGCCAUUAAAAACUGUAUUAGACUAAAACAAAGAAAAUCUCACUUCCAUGUUCCCUACACACUCUUCACCUGCAAGAUUGAAUAUAUUCUUUGACAGCCUUGAAAAAUAUGCACACAAAUAACCUGAAUCAGAUUAACACUGGCACAUUUUUACUGUACUAUAGAAAAAUGUGGGCUGGUUACUAUUUUUUUUUUCCAGUUUUCAAACAAUUGGUUAUCAACUUGUUGGGAAAAGGCUAGAUUAGGCUAUGGUAGCAGGAAUUUGUAUCAGAUACUUUGCAGAUCAUAUAUAGCCAUUUAAACAAAAUCGGUGUGCAUGGAUUUAUUGCACAUGCUGUCUGCAGAUUAGUUUUAUUUCAAGUCAAUGAUUAGCACAUUCUGAACACCUUUUAUUAUCUCUUCUGCUUGCACUAGUUUUGCCGAGUAUAAAAGAAAAAAAAAAAAAAGGAGUAUUUUGGCUUUAAAAAGCCUGACACUGUUCAUUAUAGCAGUGGAAAGCAACUUUUAAAACUUCUUGUGAAAAUAUUUCAGUUCUCAGAAAGAAACCCAACAUCCAUUCUCUUCCAUUUACCACAUCACAAGAAUUUUGGCUAGUGUUGCUCCUUGUAAAAUAUUCUGACCAAAUGUACAGCCAGUAUUAAUACUGUAUAUUUCAUUUUGUUGUAUAUAAAGGAAUGUCAGUCAGUUAUUCGUCACGUCCCCAAUCCAAUAUUAGUCUUGUGUUCAGCAUGCAUGCUAUAACACUUCUUUGCUGAUCAGGACUCUUUAGAAGUACUAGCUUGGAAAUAUAACAGUUAAUGUAAUUUCUUUUAUUGUUUUGACAGCUUGAAUGUCAAUGCCGGUUUCUACUUUUUACAUAGUACUGUGGGUAAACUCACAUCCUGACAGCAAUGAUGAUGUUUCCAUUGUGUUCUUCAGUGUGUCUUUUUUAUCAUCAUUAUUUUAAGCUUUGAAUGUUGGUUGUACUUUGAUCAUCAUGAAAAAUAUACUGAUAAACCACAGAUAUGAUCUAGUUUGGUUUUGAUUAUCUUCUUUAAUUUACAGUGCAUCAACAUUGUGUGAACAAGAACUACAGUAUAAAUCUGCUUUAUCCGGCAAAAUGCCAAAUAGACAAUAAGAAUGCUGCGUGUCCAGAUUUUGCUACACUAAACAGGCUCAAAAGCCUGAAAUGAACUUGAUCUGAGAAUAUAAAAAUCUGCUCUGUCCACAAUCUUUUGUAGAAAGAACUUUAGGAUGUGGCAUGGUAGUGUUUGUUCAUUCAUGGAAUAAAACAUUAUUUUACCACCUUG